UGGAAGUGACCGAUAAAAAAGAAAAAAAGGAAAGCGGCCCUGGGUGGGUCACGUGACCCUACCAGCUCCCAAAGCAGACGUCUUCUCAUAAGGGCUCAGCGUGGAGCCUCUGAAAUCUGUGCAGGAUUUUCUCUGCAGAGGCAGAAGAAAGCAGGUGGAUGGAUAAGUAAACAUGGCCUUGCUCCUGGUGGCCUUGCUCGCAUUCCUGAGCUUGGGCUCAGGAUGCCAUCAUCGACUCUGUCACUGCUCUAACGGGGUUUUCCUCUGCCAGGAGAGCAAGGUGACAGAGAUUCCCUCCGACCUCCCCAGGGAUGCGGUCGAACUGAGGUUUGUUCUCACCAAGCUUCGAGUCAUCCCAAAAGGAGCCUUUUCAGGAUUUGGCGACCUGGAGAAAAUAGAGAUCUCACAGAAUGAUGUCUUGGAAGUGAUAGAGGCAAAGGUGUUCUCCAGCCUGCCCAAACUACAUGAAAUAAUUGAAAAGGCCAACAACCUGCUAUACAUCGACCCUGAUGCCUUCCAGAACCUUCCCAACCUCCGAUAUCUGUUUAAGAGGUGGAGAAAUAGAAUCCUCUGAUUGAUGAGAAAAGCUGCAAAAUCACCAAGACAAGGUGUGGUGAUACAGGGAAGGAUAAAGAUGGAAACCCACUCCAGUAUUCUUUCCUGGAGAAUUUCAUGGACAGAGGAGUCUGGCAUACUACAGUCAAGCCAAGAGUCAGACACGACUGAGAGACUAAUACUUAUGCUUUCAAUCAAUUCAAAGCACCUAAAAUGUUUUGCACAGUGCCUGUGACAUAGUAAAUGUUCAAUAAACAUUAUACUAGUAAUGUAAAUCACAUAAAUACUAGUGAUAUUUUGAUUCUGUCCCUAACUCUUGAUCAAUGAGAACUGGAGUUAGCAAUUAAUAUAAUAAGGAACUCUAGGCCAUUGUGGCUUAGCUCUCUGAUGGAGACUGAUGGAGGGAAUAAAAGGUUUAACAGAACAAAGUCCAUAUGACCUGGGACUUCGGCUCUCUGAUAGGCGCCCCAGAAACGAUCUGAGAAAGAAACAAAGUCUCCACUCCUGAGUCAUGUCAGAGGCAGGACCAGCCUCACUGGCAUUCUCAGGGCUCCAUGCUCAGAAGGGUCCCACACUCAGGGGGCCUCAUUCCAGGUCUAAUGCCCUGCUGUCACCAUCUUGAAAUGCUCUAACAGUUUUGAACAGAGAGCCCUACCCCUCACAAAUUAUGUAUUCAGUCAUGCUGAGAGGUCAGGGCUACCAUCAGCUCAGGAGUCCUGGCUCUUUAAAUGGGCUUUGCUAUACUCUGCAGAAUCUAACACAGGUCAGGUACCGCACAGCAGAGGAAAGCCGAGGUAACAGAAAAGGCAUAGGCCUUAGGAUGAGAAAAAAUCUAGAGCCUCAUCCAAGAGUCCACCAUUCACUCUUGGACCAAUCACCAGACCUCUGAGAUGGGCAAAGCUUAUAGGACUUUCAAGUGAGGUUCAUAUGUGAAAAUAUACUGUAAACUACAAAAACAUUAAUAAAUGUACUAAGUAUUUGUGGGAUGGUUAUUUCUGGCCAACUAGUCAAAGUCUACAAGUCUACCCUCAAAAAAAGUCCAGUAAGGGUUUCAUAGAGAGUUAUGGUGGCUACUAAGACCUUCAACUUUCACCCAGGGUG